CUUAAGUGAAGACUCAUCUCCUCUCAAAUUAUAUAGGCAUAAUAUUAGAAGGGAAAAUGGAUGCAAGUUGACUAAAUGUUUUAUCGGGAAAACCAAAUACCAUUGCCGGUGCCGAUUUUGGUUUCCGGCGAUGUUGAUUUGAUGUUUCGUUAUGGAAACUCUUGCGGUGCCGUUUGAUCGGAAGCACCGUUGAUUGCUGAAAUUGAGACGAUCGUCAAAUAUCCGCCGCCGAAUGUCGGCGCCGUUGAUUUGAUCGGUGCAACUCUGACUUCUGAAAACGAUGACGAUCGUCAAAUAUCCACCGCCGUGCGAUGUUGAUUUGAUCGAUGCACCUCUGAAUGGUGAAAUCAACGUGACCGUCAAAUGUCCACCACCGGACGAUGUUGAUUUGAUCGAUGCACCUCUGAAUGGUGAAAUCAACGUGACCGUCAAAUGUCCACCGCCGGACGAUGUUGAUCUGAUCGAUGCACCUCUGACUUCUAACCAACACGACCGUUACUACGAUUCGCACGUCUCCAAACUACGUUCGAACGAGUGUGUUUGAGUUUUUUGAGGAAUCUACACUACCACUACUCCUAUGGAGAUUCCUGUGGAGAGCUCAGCGACUACGACUAAGACUACAACUAUGGAGAUCCUUCCUGGAAGGAGAGCUCCGCGAAGGAGUUACAGAGAAAAGGCAAAGUUUUGACAGAGUUGUUCUGUGUUGAUUUUUGGUUCUCUUUCUUUCUCCUUGCUCCACUGCUUUUAUUCGAAAAAACGCUUCGUAGUCUUCACGCUUGGUGGAACUGUUUCCUUAACUGCUCCGUUGUGAACUCCCACGUGUCUCAACCAUCUUGAUCUCCUCCUUGCUCGGGUUGGUGUGAAUCUCACGCGAUGUCGUUUUCUUCCCCAAACAGCUCUAUCUGCUUUUUUUACUCCACGACAUUGUUUUAAGUAAAACACUGUCGUUUUA